AUGAACAUGGGGGUUUCAGGAUACAUCGCAUCGAUGAGUUGCCAGCUGGAGCCCUGCAACUUCCCACCCCUAGUUUAUCAGCCGGCUCACCCUGAGGUAGAGCAUGCAACGUCCAUCCAGCUCUCCGCCCACCAAACCACGCAGCUGACACGCUUUUGCGAGCAAAACGGGGUCAGGUUUCCAUCGAUUCUUCAGGCAGCAUGGGCCGUGAUCCUUCGCUGCUAUGUUGGCUCGGACUCCAUCCUCUUUGCGUACCGCGACGCAGAAUCAUCCUUCUGGGUAUGUGGAGAUCAAUUCGACGGAUCGGAUCCAAUCAUCAAGCAUUUGGAGAGGCAGGACGCAUCCAGCGCAACGUGCUGGGCCAUGCCGGAGUGCGAGUGGCCACAGCCGGGGCAGAACUUAUUCAACUCGUCCCUUGCCAUUUACGAAUCAGGGGAAAAUUUGGGGAAUCGUCCUGGUACAUCCGGUCAGGAGCCGCAAACGCAAGACGGGUCAAAGCUUCCCAUAUUAGUAGAGUUUGAACGACAUCCAGGGUUUCUUUCGCUCACGCUGCGCCAUGCUUCGUCCGUUCUGGAUCAACCGCAAGGUCAACGCCUCGCGAAUACCCUUCUAGCGGCACUGGAGGGCAUCACAUCCGGACACCCCUCGCGGCCUGUUGCAGACCUGGAGUUGAUCGCAGAAGACGAUUUGCAACAGAUAUGGGAAUGGAACCGCUCCAUUCCUAACCCACUGAACUUAUGUGCCCACCACUUGUUCGAACAACAAGCGCGCAGUACUUGCAAUGAUCCGGCCAUCGCCUCAUGGGAUGGCAACAUGACAUAUGCCGAAUUGGAUCGCUGUGCAUCCGUCCUCGGGGCCCACCUCUCCAGUCGGGGUAUCGGACCGGAGAUGAUCGUGCCAAUUUGCUUCGAAAAGUGCCGAUGGACUGUGGUCGCCAUGAUGGCGGUGUUGAAGGCAGGAGCUGCCUUCGCUACCUUGGAUCCCGCACAGCCUACAGAGCGUCUCGAUACCACCAUCGACGAGACGAAAGGAACUCUCGUGAUCGUGGCGUCAUCUCAGGCGGGCAGGUUCGACCGCAGCGAUCGCGAAAUCCUCACCAACAUCCCGGAAAUCUGCCAACAGCCAGAUGCGCUGCCGUUUACGGCAUUCAGCUUGAGUGUGCAGUCCAGCAACCUGGCAUAUGUCGCCUUCACCUCAGGCAGCACUGGCAAACCAAAGGGCGUGAUGCAUCUGCAUUCUGGUGCAUGCUCCGUCAUGACCAUGAAGGAUCGAGGUGGCCAGGACACCGGGUACGGCCCCGGAUCUCGCAUCCUGCAAUUCGCCUCCCAGGCGUUUGCCGCCAGCGUAGUGGAGAUCCUCAAAACGCUCGGCAAUGGCGGGUGUUUAUGUAUUCCCUCUGAAGAAACCCGUCUCGGAAACAUAGCUAACUUCAUGGCGGAGCGAGCUGUCACCCGCGCGUUCUUCACGCCGUCGUUACUCAAGCUUUUCACGCCUGAGAGCUUUCCCACCUUGCAGAUCCUGCUGGUGGGCGGAGAGCCAGUCUUGCCAGAUCUCAUUCGAGCAUGGUCCGGGAAACUGAGACUCAUCGAGGCCAUCGGCAUGACCGAAGGAGUUGCGAUCCAGACCACGAUCACCCCGGACGGUCAGGUGGCCCAGAUCGGCCAGACGAUGAGCGGCGCUGCGUGGAUCGUGGACCCAGAAAACAUCCAUAAAUUGGUGCCCAUCGGCGCCGUUGGAGAGCUUCUGGUGGAAGGGCCUUGCUUGGCGAAGGGAUAUCUCCAUGACGACGAGAAAACCAACGCAUUUGUGGAUAUGCCCCUGUGGUCGGCCAAUGGUCCUGACCAUCAUCCCAACCGCAAGUUCCGCCUCUAUCGUACAGGCGAUUUGGCGCGGUACGUCAACGAUGGAGUUGUCCGGAUUCAGGGGAGGAAAGACUCCCGAGUAAAGCUACACGGGCAGCGCAUCGAACUCGGAGAUGUCGAGCACCACAUGCAGGCUGGGCUACCAGUCUCGAUGGCAGCCGCAGCCGACGUGGUGGCCCCAUACGAUGCCGAUGAUCAGCCGUUCUUAGUGGGCUUCGUAUUUGCCAGCAAGGAGCUAGGGAAUCCAAACGGCCCCGGAUGUGACCUGGCAUCAGAGACCACACGCGAGCAGAUUGCCCCUCUCGUGCCAGAGCUCAAGCUGCAAAUGGCCCUUUCGUUGCCAUCGUACAUGGUCCCAACAGUUUUCCUUCCCUUGGAAUGCCAGCCAACGAAUACAUCGGGGAAAUUGGAUCGAAAGAGGCUGCGUCAAAUCGCAUCAGCGCUUUCCAUCGAACAGUUCCGGUCUUUCACUCAUCGGGCGACCACGACAAAGACACCUCCCUCUACACGCACGGAGAAGAUUCUCCAAUCUCUGUGGGCGGAUUUGUUCAACGUAAACGCAGACCAAAUUGGGUUGAGCGACGAUUUCAUCAUGUACGGUGGGAACUCUCUGACAGCCGUCAAACUGGCCGGUCUGGCACGAGCCCGGGGGAUUCGUUUGACGGCGGGAGGCAUCCUCCAGAAACCCGGGUUGCGAGAGAUGAGCCUAGUAGCGAAGGCUGUUGAUUCUGCAAUGCCUGAUCCAAGUGCAGACACCAACACAACCCUUACUUUCGACAUGGAGACGCUGCAACACGCCAUCUCGCCAAGGGAGAUCGAAGCAGUUGCGCCUGCCACGGACUGGCAGGCUUGGGCAAUCUAUACCGGCUCGUUGAAAUCGCGAGGAUGGACGGAUUACCUUUAUUUUGAUUUCCGAGGCGCCCUUGACAUCUCACGCCUGGAGCACGCUUGCAGUUGCAUCGUGGCACACUUCCCCAUUUUCCGAACAGUUUUCGCCGUCCACCGCCGACGGAUGCUGCAGAUCGUGCUGCGAAAUUCUCCAGUGGAGCUCAUUCAACAUAAGGGGAGAGGAGAGACAGAUGAUCCCGACGCUGUCGCGAAACAGGUUCACGAUCGCGAUCUCGCUAGCACUGUGUCCAUGGGCGACCCAGUCCUGCAGUUUACUCUCGUCCAGCAGGACGUGGAGCACAAUGUCCUCGUUCUCCGGAUCUCGCAUGCACAGUAUGACGCGCUCAGCCUUCCUCUGCUAUUUCGAGCAAUCAAAGACGCAUACAACGGCCUAGCUCUCCAACCUGCGCCCUCAUUUAUGGAUGUGCUCCAUUGCACGCAGGAGGAGGAUAUCAAAGCGUCGGUGCGAUUCUGGCGUGAUCGCCUCCAAGGGUCGCUGAUGACGCAAAUUCUCCCUCGAUCGAAGCCCACCUACCACAACAUAGUGAACGAAGCGAUGACGCGGACGAUUCCUCUCCCUUCCCUGCUGCACCACCGCAUCACCACGGCUGCCAUUGUCCACGCUGCCUGGUCAAUUGUUCUCGGCAAUCUCUCGGGCGCUUCCGACGUGGUCUUUGGUAGCCUCAUCUCCAGACGUCAUUCGUCCCUGAGUGGCAUUCAAGACGUUCUCGGCCCGUGUUUGAACAUCACCCCGGUGCGGACGCAGUUCAGCCCUUCGAUGACUGUCGUCGAUCUUCUGCGGCAGGUCCAGGCUCGCCAGGUGGACUCGCUUCUACAUGGACAUGUCGGUUUCCGGCACAUAAUCGAGGCAUGUACGGAUUGGCCAUCCUGGAUCCGCUUCAGUUCGAUCGUCAAUCAUGUACACAUUGCGGAGAACAUGAGUCCUGUGGUCCGUCUCCGGGACGACCUGACGUUCCAGUUUGAUGUCUUCGAGCCAGCACACGACAAGUCGGAUUUAUGGCUGCAGACGAAGCCUACCGGGGAGGAGAUGGAAGUUGAGCUGAGAUUCUGCGGGGCCGUCAUUCCCAGGGCACUGGCGGAGCGAGUGUUGCAGCGGUACUGUGAGGUCAUCCAGCGUCUUCAGUCUGACGUCGAUGCGCCCCUUUCGUCCCUCGUCGGCAGCGAGGUAAUAUCCUUCAGCCUUCGCGCACCGCGUACUGUGACCUCACACGCCAUUCUUCCAUUCGUGAAGGCGACAUGGCGGGAGGUGCUGUUCCGUGAUGGCGAAGACACCGAGAACAUCUCUAUGUCCACCCCCUUCUAUGAAGUGUGGGGAGACCUAGCUGGUGCGACUGCGUUAUGCCAGAUUUACCGCCGCAGAGGAUUUGACGUUAGCGUGGAGGAUGUCGUGGAUAACCCGACCGUGGAAAAGCAGGCGCAGCUUUUAGCUUCGCACCCAUUGCUGAAUGGCGUUUGA